CUCGGUACAUUCAUUAACCCUUUUGUUCCCAGACUGGACCUGGUGCACGGCCAGAGUGGCGCCAAGACGACCGGCCUUGCGACUAUUAGCGGGAUGUGUGGGGUUAACACUCGCUGUACCGUGGUGGAGGACACAGGGGUGGACAUGGGUAUCACACUGGCUCACGAGCUCGGACACUCGUCCGGAAAAGGCUCCUGUCUAAACGACAAACCCUCGACUAAGCUAGACCUCCCCAAAGACCUCCCCGGAGUGCUAUACGACUCAGACGACCAGUGCCAAAUGUGGCUUGGAAAGGGCUCAACAUUUUCCUCUCAAGCCACAGGGAAUGAGCGGUGUGCCCAGCUCGUGUGUGCGUUACCGUCCAACACCGGAGAGUUAAGGAAGGGGGCUAUGCCUCUGAUGGACGGCUCCAUGUGUGGCCAGAGGAAGUACUGUAUUAGUAGUCGCUGUGUGGAUAUCGGGCCGAACGGUCCAAAGCCUGUGAAUGGCGGCUGGGGGGCGUGGCCUAGCCAGUGGUCAGCCUGCUCCAGGACAUGUGGGGGAGGAGUCCAGACAAAGGUCAGGGAGUGCAACAAUCCCAACCUUGCAGUGAGUCUGAGCAGAAAUACAAAGAAGAUCAGUGCGCAGCGACCAACGACCAGGCUAUGGGCAACAACAAAUACCAGUGGAUUUCCUUCUCAGUCAGUGGUGAGCAAGAGUGCCAUCUGAUGUGUCGACCGCGGAACCAUCCGAACAUCGGGAUUUUCCGGAGAACACUGGACGGUAGUCAGAACUUCAAGGACGGCACGAUGUGUACGGGGAAACAGACCAUGGACUUCCACAAGUGUGUCAAGGGCAGAUGUCAGGCCAUCAGCUGUGACGGACACUCAGACUCCAGCUACAAGUUUGACAAGUGUGGGGUCUGUGGAGGGACGGGCGACUCUUGCCAGGCAAAGAGAGGAACUUUCAACCGUGGAGUCUCUCAGAAAUGGGCGACUGUUGCCAAGUUGCCCGCAGGGUCCUCGGGUAUACACUUUGUCAAUAAAAACAGAUACGCCAAAAUGACCGUGUCUGUGAACGGCAGUGUACUGUUCAACGGUAACCCCAGCAUGACCGCCCCCUCGGACACCUACACAGGACACGGCGUCUCCGUCAAGUACAGGAAGGCUGUGGGCAGUCUGGAGGAGAAGAUGGAGAUACCUGGACCCCUCACUGUGGACGCUGAGGCUCAGGUCACUACAAAGUGGACAUCAGCUGUCGUCGGUCCAGAGACAACGUUGUGGUAGCUGACCGCUACUGUAACAUCUUCGAGAAGCCUGACGACUUUGGCGCCGCCUGCAACGUCCAGUCGUGUGGGCCCGUCUGGGAGGCCGGAGCGUGGGGCUCGUGCAGCAAACAAUGCGGCAGCGGAACACAGACGAGGACAGCUCAGUGUGUGCAGAAGUCGGUGAGCGGCGACACUGUGGUCAGUGCCGGAAGAUGCCCCGCCCACAGGAAGCCAGCGACAUCACGUGCCUGUAACAUUGCAGCUUGUGGAGCCGACUGGGAGGCUUCUGCAUGGUCUGAGUGUUCUAUGACGUGCGGCCGUGGAGUACAGACAAGAGAGGUUAAGUGUGUGAGCGGUACACGGGAGGUGGCCGUGUCAAACUGCGCUCAGAGCAAGCCGGAGGCGACUCGCACUUGUGUCAAGACCGUUUGUGAUACCACUAUUGGCGGAGCAGACUGUCAUGAUGUGGAGCCACACUGCGAGGACUAUGACGUCACCACCUGCUCCGACUACGCCACCUGGGCCAGGUCAAAGUGCGCGCUCACGUGUAGCUUCUGUUCCAAGGACGGAGGGUCAGGGUCGGGCAGUAACAACGACAACUGUGCAGACAAGUCGACAGACUGUGCGGGAUACGGAAGUAGCAUAUGUACAGGAGAGUACGCGCAGUGGGCCAUUCAGAAUUGCCCCAAAUUCUGCGGCAAAUGCAGCAGCAGUACCUCGGAUACUUCCACCUCUAAGACAGGCUCUUCUUCAUCGUCUUCGUCGUCUUCUUCUUCUUCAUCUUCUGCUUCGUCGUCAUCGUCUUCUUCUUCCUCAUCUUCAUCUGGUUCGUCUUCGUCGUCGUCAUCAUCAUCAUCGUCGUCUUGUGAGAAUAAGAACACCGAUUGCGCGGCGUACGGCAACAGUGUCUGUACGGGCGAGUACGCCCAGUGGGCUAGCGAGAACUGCGCCAAGUUCUGUGGCGCUUGUCAAACCUCUCAGGACGCCUCGGAGCAGUCGUCUGAUGACAAUACUUCUCCUUCUUCCUCUUCUUCGUCAUCCUCCUCUUCUUCUUCGUCUUCUUCCUCGUCAUCAUCGGAUGCAUCCACUUCAGGGGGAGCUGCUGAUUCUGUUGUCGACAAUAGCAAUAGCAUCAGCGACAACAGCAACAACAACGACAACACCGAUGUUUCCAGCAACAACAACAACAACAACGAUGUUACCAACACCACCAACAACAACAACGACAACGACAAAACUGACGAGAGCUGCGUUGAUAAGAACACCGACUGCAGUGCCUACGGAAAUUCCGUCUGUAGCGGAGAGUACGAGGCUUGGGCUAAAAUGAACUGCGCCAAAUUCUGUGGCGCGUGUGGUGGGUCCUCUUCUACAUCUUCCUCCUCCUCCUCCUCCUCAUCCUCCUCCUCCUCCUCUUCAUCCUCCUCCUCCUCCUCUUCAUCAUCAUCAUCAUCAUCAUCAUCGUCGUCGUCGUCAUCGUCGUCAAACACAGCGUCAUCUGCUGGUACAGACACUGCGUCUUCCGACAGUUGUGCCGACAAGAACACGGCAUGCUCCGCCUAUGGCCAAAGUGUCUGCACAAACGAGUACGCCGAGUGGGCCAAGCAGAACUGUGCCAAAUUCUGCGGUCACUGUGGCAAGGAGGAGGUUUCAACAACUGAGGCAACCAAGGCAGAAGAUAAUGCAGAAUCUGCUACGUGCAAGGACAAACUAUCUAUGUGCGCUGACUACGGCAAGAGCGUCUGUGAGACUCAGGACUACGCCGCGUGGACCAGGGAAAACUGCGCAAAAUUCUGUGGACACUGCGGGGAAACUGUGACGUGGGUAGCGGAAAGAGUGACUCUCUCUGCGGGAAGCAGUCAGGUACCAUGUGGACGUCAACAUCCAACAUGGCCAAAUUUGUCUUCGCCUCUGACGCCAGUGUGUCAUACCCUGGUUUUCUGGCGUCGUACAAGUUCCAAGCAUAAUGAAGUUCAUGUUACCCCCAAUCAACUGGAGGACCUUGACAAUGUACCCAUGCAAAAAAACCAGCCACCUUUGCUGCUUCAGAGAUGUUCUGCCCCAGAGUCUGUGAUUUUUGGAAACACCAUAACGUCAUAACUUCCUGACUUGAUACUUGAUAAGGCCUGUGUGGUCCAAACAAUAAACUUUUGAUGAAGCGUUAA